UUUAUUGUUUGUGUCUUGCAGACGUCCAGCAGCUGAUCGGUAAUCCAGAAGAAGUUUCCCCUCAGUUAGGGGGGAGCUCCACUUUGAAGCAGGAGACUCCACAACCACCCUGCAUUAAAAAGGAAGAGGAGGAACUCUGCAUCACUCAGGAGGGAGAGUGUCUUCUAGGACGAGAGGAAGCUGAUUACACCAAGUUUCCACUGAGUAUUCUCUCUGUGGAGACUGAAGAUGAUGAAGAGAAACCACAAGUAGACAACCUCUUAGCUCCACUAUCAGAUAGUGAGGCUGAAGAUGAGGUUGAAGUAACUUUGAGCAGCGAUACAGACUGUGAAGGUGAUAUGAGGACUCACACUGACAACAAACACUCUGAAUGCUCUACAAAGAAGAGAGGUAAAACAUGUUUGAGCUGCUCAGUUUGUGCUGAAGGUUUUACUACAGAGUGCAAUUUGACUCGACACAUGAGAACACACACAGGAGAAAAAACAUUUAAGUGUUCAGUUUGUGGCAAAAGCUUUUCUCAAAAUAGCCAUUUGACUCAACACAUGAGAACACACACAGGUGAAAAACCAUUUCAUUGUUCAGUUUGUGGCAAAAGCUUUUCUCAAAAUAGCCAUUUGACUCAACACAUGAGAAUACACACAGGAGAAAAAGCAUGUAAUUGUUCAGUUUGUGGCAAAGGCUUUUUUCGAAAUAGCCAUUUGACUCAACACAUGACAACACACACAGGUGAAAAACCAUUUAAUUGUUCAGUUUGUGGCAAAAGCUUUACUGUAAAGAAUAAUUUGACUAAACACAUGAGAACACACACAGGUGAAAAACCGUUUAGUUGUUCAGUUUGUGGCAAACUUUUUUUUAGUAAGAGCAAUUUGACUGAACACAUGAAAACGCACACAGGUAAAAAGCCAUUUAGUUGUACAGUUUGUGGCAAAAGUUUUUUUGGUAAGAGCAAUUUGACUGAACACAUUAGAAUACACACAGGUGAAAAACCAUUUAGUUGUACAGUUUGUGGCAAAAGCUUUACUGGUAAGAGCAAUUUGACUAAACACAUGACAACACACACAGGUGAAAAACCAUAUAAGUGUUCAGUUUGUGGCAAAAGCUUUUCUAGAAAUAGCCAAUUGACUCGACACAUGAGAACACACGCUGGAGAAAAAACAUUUAGUUGUUCAGUGUGCUGUAAAAGGUUCACACAUAAAGCAGACACAGUAAAACACAUGAGAACACACAAGGGAAAAUAACCAAUUAGCUGUUUAGUUUGUGGUAUGUUGCUCAUAUGUGGCGACAUCCACCCUACCCAGGACCUCCUCACUGCUUCUUUCACAAAUAUCUGAGGUAUUCAUACAAACUUGGAUUAGUUGAAGCAUAAUAUUAUCCACUCAUGACCCCAUGUCUUCUCUGUAUCUGAAACCUUCCUGAACAGUAAGAUAGAUGAUGCUUCAAGUGCUUGGUUACUCCUUCUUCAGUCCAGGGACCUGGGGCCUCAUGUGUCAAGUUUGUGCACGCUCAAAAACCUGCACUACACCCUUUUUCACUGCAAAGUUGAGAUGUAUCAAAACUGACGUUGGGAUGCUAGGUAACUGUUUACAUAAGCAAGUGCCAACUUUUACUCCUCAGACUGAUUGAUGUGCAAAUCAGAGACAUAUGAACAAUUAACCCCCAACACCCACAACCCAACCCCCACCUCCCUCGACAUUCGGGCAUAACAGGUUCAAUCCGGCCCGCGAGGAGAGUUUGCAAAGUGUAAAAUUCAGCUGCAUUUUUUUAUGAAAUAAACUGCUGUUCUAAUUGUGUCCACCGGAUGUCGCAAUAGUAAUUCUGUUAGGCAAGCAAAUAGUUUAUACCGGGGCGAGCAAGCAUACCAAGCAAGAGGUACACGGUAAAGCGGGGCUGUGACUCCUCCCCCUUAACCCAAUCAAUAACCCCACUUAAAAUAGAAUAGAGUACAAUAGAGUUUUAUUGCCAUUAUUACAGUUAACCGG